AUGUGCCCAGCUCACAGCGUUUUCCGGUUGCACAAACAUGUUUGGGAUAAAACUCAUUCUCUUCGGACAGUGAUAGGCUAUAUGGUCAUUCCAUGGUCAUCUCAGAAGUUCUUGACGGUAUUCUCCUCUUUGAAGGUGUUCCAACAACCAUACUUGCAGCAACAGAUUGCAAGCCUCGAAAUGCCUAUACCCUUUUUGCAACGAUCUAAAGCCCGAGAAGAUUUCAACAUUCUUCGCAAACGGUUCACAAAUAUUUUUGAGGUUCUUGAAGCAAUGAUGUUAUUUGCAAAAGAGAUGAUAUCAUCUACAACAUCUGAUUCAAAUCCACAAAUGACUGGAGCAAUAGGUGCACUCGAUAGGACAUUAGUACAUGCAGUUAUUCCAGCUAAUCAACAAAUUAUUUACAGAGGAAGAGGAAAGGGUAAAUGUUAUCAGAAUGUUUUAGCUAUAUGUGAUUUUAGCAUGAUCUUCACUUAUGUUUAUGAUGGAUGGGUAGGGGUAGCACAUGAUGCACGUGUUCUAACAGAGAUCGCAUCUAAUCCAGAUAAUGGCUUUCCAUUUCCUCCUUAUAAUAAGUACUAUUUAUGUGAUGCGGCAUAUCCUAAUACUCGAGGAUUUCUAGCACCAUAUCAUAAUAUUCGAUAUUGGUUAGGAGAUUAUCAUCGUAGACGGGCCAUAAAUAAGGAGGAAAAGUUUAACCAUGCUCAUGCACAACUCAGAAAUGUUAUUGAACGUGUUUAUGGAGUUUUAAAAGCAAGAUUUUCAAUAUUGGACAAGAUGGUUCCAUAUUCUAUUGAUGUCCAAAGAGAUGUUGUUAUUGCAUGUUUUGCAGUUCAUAAUUUUAUCAGAAAAGAGCGACUAAAUGAUGACUUGUUUAGUCAAUAUGAUUCACCUCAAGUAAUAUUUGAGGAAGAAGGAGAACACGAACAAGUAUUGGAUGAAACAAAUGGACCUAGCUGGACAACUGAAGAUUCGCAAUUUAUGAACAAUAUGCGUGAAGAACUUGCACUUCAGCUAAUGCAAGGAAGAGGAAUGCUUGAUAGUUUUAUAUUUUUGUUAUUAGAAAUAUGUUUUUAA